UUGUUUGAUAUAGAAGAACCAGAGAAGUAAUUGAAAAAGAAAAAACAAGAUGAACCUAGUACAACCAAUAACAGAAUCUGACAUUUGGAUCCCAAUGAGUUUCUCAACGAUACAAUGUUACAGUGUAGCUUCUCCAAAUUAUUUUUCUAAUGGUGAACGAUUUUUCCACAGUCUUGGUUUGGUCGCUUAUUAAAAAAAGACAACCGCAAGCAAGCAACUGGUAGCUAGCACGCGAUGUUGUCACCCGAUUGUUCUUAUUUGAACCCAAAGCACAUUUUUUUGCAUCUUUCAAGUGUUUUCCACUGUGAGAAAUGAGGUAGCUGCUGUCGUUAUGGUGAGGGUUCUUGCCCUUUGUGCACUUUAACAUUCCUCAGGAGGGACAAGCAAGGCCAAGUUGGCAUGAUGUGGCUGCGUGUGACUUUCCUGCUGCUGUUCACAAAUGCCGUGGGAUGCACAGACAUAUUCAACACUUCAGGCCUGCUCCUAGAAUUCACAGCUGUGGACUUUUAUGAAAAAAUUAAUUCUGGAAAGAUGAUCUUCAUCUAUUUUGAAAAUCAAGUCUCCCAAAGCAUCUCUCUCUUCUUGGGGGAAUUGAAAAAGUCUGCAGAUGUUCUGAAAGAUUAUGGAAUACUAGUGGGCAAGAUCAACUGCAACAAGGAGAUGGUUCCCUCAUACUGCAUGAAAGAAACGGCGCAGCAUACUGCUUUUCUUUUUAGGGAUGGUAAGGAGUUUGUGAAUUUUGAUUUGGACACUGUGUUUGACGUCAACUCCGUUGUCUCUGAAGUCUUGUUUGCCAUUCUACGCGACGAAGUAAAGUACGUGCAUUCAGACGCCGACCUCUCGGUCAUGGAGAAAUCAGUCAAAGGGAAGAAAGAUAUUGUGCUGUCUUAUGUCAAUAGUCUUGGCACACAAGAGCACAGAUCGGUAAUGGAGACUGCUUAUGUGUAUGGAUCGAAGUAUCAGUUCAUCCUCAUAACCGGGGGCCCUGUCUUGAAGCAUUUAGGUGUUCACAGAGCCUCGCCGUUGUCUCGAGUGUGGUUCCUCCACUGUACGGCUCCCUACUCUGAGCGAUGCCCUUUGACACCAAUGAGGACACCACUGUCCACACUAAGCCUGCACACAUUCCUGCAACUCAUGGAGGCUCCGCUGUUGGCCGAAGUGUACAAAGACCCUUCAGCUGUUGCAAGACCUCAAUUCCCUUACCAGCAAACACCUCAGGUCUUUCUGUUCUCAAAUUCUGAAACAGAGCAACUUGACAGGGACACAGCCAACACACUGGCCUGGAGGCUGAGAGGCAUCGCCCUGCUGACGCUUGUGCACAGGAAGAGCCCUGCCGUGAAAACUCCUGUUGAAUAUAACGUGGCUUACAAGUUGCCGGAUAAGGGGUUUGAGGUCAAAUAUUUGACCUUGGACAACCUGGAUGCGCUCUUGGAGCUCUUCUACCAUCAUGAGGCAGAUGAAAUGCAAGAUGAGGAGCUGGAAGGAGAAGAGUGUGAUACUGAGGAUAAUGUCUCUAAUGGGGAUUUGGAGGAUGAGAUCGUGGCAUCUGUCUAUGAGAACCGAGGCCACUUGGUGCAUAUGGACUCCAUUACCCAACUGACGUCUGACGACUUCCCCAAUGCAGUUGCUCAAAGCGGCCUCACAGUGGUGCUUUUCUACCUUAAAUGGGACGCUGUAUCAACAGCCUUCAUCAGCUCAUUUACAGAAGUGGCGGAGAGGCUUGGAGAUGCUGGCGUCGUUGAUGUUCACAUGAGCGCAGUGGAUUGUGGAGAAUGGACCGACCUCUGCGCUGCUCAGCCUGUCGGCUCCCGCCCAGUCCCAUUCAAGCCAAUCACUGCUUUCCCAAGUGUCCUGCUGCUCAGCCCUCAGGAGCUGAUUCAGGAGUACAGAGGGAUGCUGGGAUGUGAGCCGCUACUUCGCUUCAUUUUGCUGAGCCGGCCGUCCUCUCCCCAGAUAUUGUCUACUCAGCAGGAAGUGACAUCAUUCCUUCAUGUGACGCCUCAUCAUGAGCUAGCAGGCUUUAUCCCUGACAGAAUAGUCGGACUGUUUAGUUCGCAUGCACAUGCAGCAGGUCUGUCAGCUUUUAAUGAAGCGGCAAAGUCAUUGCGAGGGAGGGUGCUGAGUGCCCUGCUGACAGACGUGCUGGCACAGGAAUGGGCUGCCGACCUGUCAGUCAACCUUCCUGCCGUUUUAGUGUUUCCAUCCUGGAGGAGAGACUCCCAGCCCUCUGUGUUGACGCUGUUCUCUUCUGUAGAUAACUUGGUCUCCCAGAUUGAUGCAGCACUGCUGCAUCCUUUGCCUGAACUGACAGUGGAAAACCUGCCAUCCUUCCUCAGCUUGGGAAAAGCUCUUCUUCUGCUUUUUGUCGGAGAAGAGGAAGACGAGAUCGGUCUGAGGCAGAACAAGGCGCUGCUGGAGGAGAUGAAAGGCGUGCUGGAAUUGGGAGGCGAGAGAAUGGAGCCAUACUUGACCUGCUGGAUCCAUCUUGGUCGCACUCCAGCUGGUAUGUCAGUCCUGGGUUCAUACCUGGGUUCCAUGCCUCCUCUUCCUGCCCUGGUUCUCACUCAUUUGCCCUCCGGACAUGAAGUUUACGAGUAUCCACCCAACACACCCAUCACGGCCCAGUCUGUCCUGCAGUGGCUGCAAAGAGUGGAGGAAGCUAGAGAGUCCCCUGCAGGGAUGUUAGGUAAAGAUGACUGGCCUCCCUCCGUUGAGUUCUAUGACUUUCUGAAAAUCAUGGACGAGGAGGAGCCCGGCUUUGCAAAACAACGUGGUCCUAAAAAGCAGGAAAAAGAAGUGGAGAUGGAUGAAGCAGGGUUGGACGUGGAGGAAGGAACAACAGAUUCCUCCUACCGCACGCCUCAUCACUCUGAGUUAUGACAAAUCAUUUACAGGUGAUUCCAUGAUAGUAACAUUCAAUGCCCAGUGCUUGAGAUGUUAGAACUCGGUCAACUGUGAUUGUAUAUUAAUUGUAUUUAAAAGUGAAAUACAUCUAAACGGUACUUAACAAAUGCAUUUUAUGAGAUUUAAAAAAGAAAAAGAAAAACAGCAGUACCAUUAUGUACUGUUUGAUUGUAUUUUAAUUUUCUUUGUUUUAAUUUUGUGAUUUUUGCCAUACCACUAGAGGGAGCCUGUGUAUUACACAGGAUAUUUUAAUCGCCAGGAUUAUUUUUCAGAAUUAUACUUUGGUAUUUUUGUAAUGCUGUAUAAAAAAAAAACUACAUGAGAGGUUUGGUUGAGGAGCAUGCUUUCACUAAAUCACCCAAAUUCCAGUGCCCUUAUAUUAAGGUAUGUCUGUAUCGCAUAGGCUCAAUUUGUUAAAGGACACCCUUAAAGUGUCCAGUUUCAACAUGGUAAUAAAAUUCUGUCAAUAUUUGUAUAAAUAUCA